CCUUUUAAAUAAUAAAAAAAAAAAAAACAAAAAAAAAGGAACCAUACAAUCUCUGUUCCUCUAAGCUAAGAUGUUGACAUUAAGAAAGUUGACGUCUACAGCUAGUUAGGUCCCACUUUACCUAUUCAUUUUAUAAAUUGGUAUGGAGUUUUCAAUUUCUUCCACGUCAAUAGUCCAAACUCACAUGCCGCACGGUGUGAGUGUGACACUCCAUCACUAUACUAUUUAAACUAUUUAUUACUAUUACUAUUAUCCUCAUUCAAAAUUAGCAAAUAGAAUGAAGAAAUAUAGUCUUAAAAAUGCUAAUAAUAACUGAUUUUAGAAUGAAAUUAUUAAAAAGCCUACUUAUAUAGGCUACUUACUCCCUUUGGGCUUUGGGUGAUUAUCAUAUUAUAUUAUAUAUAAUAAUUAAUAAUAUUACACUAUUAUUAAUUAUUAUUAUGUUCCACUCAUCCAAGAAUAUAAAAGGACAUUUAAAUUUAAGUCUUAGUCUUGGUAGGAAGUACUCUUACUCUUAGCAACAAUAAAAAAAAGUACUGGAAUGCUGUUUCCAUGUGUCCUUCCGGACUCCAGCCUUGAUUGUAAAAAAAAAAAUGAAAUCCAGUUAAAAAAUAGUAACAACUUAAACAUCCUAGAAUCCAGUCUCCAGGUGGCCAAUGCUGAGGCCCCCCACCCUCCUCUUCCCUUCUCUGUCUUCCUGAAAAUUUCGAUACUGCUGAUCACCUUGUUGAAACUUAUAAAAGAGUUAAAUUAUUAAAAAAUGAAGGAAUAUUUUUUCUUAUACUUAUGUCAUAUUUACUUUGACUAGACAACUGAUUUUUUUUUAAUUGGAUAGUUUUUUUAAAAAAAUGUUUAAAACGGUCUUGGGUCUCGUUUUUUUUGCUGCCAUUAUUUUUUUAAAGCUACUUGACUACAUCAUGACACUUUUUUUUAGUUACUUCAAAGUGUUGAAUAUAGCUUGAAAAUGAAAAAUAGUUUAGAAAAGAUGUUCACCCUUAUUUAAAUGUUUCUGUUUUGUUCAGUUUCAAGAGCUUUUUAUGCCAUUGUCGUUUACACAUUUUUAAAUUUGAAGCAGAUAUUAGUUUCAUUUGUCGUUGAAAUUUUGUUGGCGGCUUGCAGAAAUGUUGCAGUUUGUGGUGAGUAUUGCUUCUUGGUUUCUUUCUUUUUCUAUUUUUAUUACAUAUCUAUAAUAUAAAAGUAAGUGUAGUGAUAAAUAAAGCAAAAAAUCAUACAGAAAAAAAAACAAAUAGAAUGAAAGCUUGACAACUUUAAUUAAGGCUGAUACCGUCAAAAUCACUCGAAAAUAAAAACCUGGAGUCUAUGAUGAAAGGGAGGGGUGAUGGUGUUUACCCUAGAUUUUUUGUUUAAAGCUAAAAAGUCAGCAUAUUCCGUCAUUCUAGUAACAUUAAAUUUGAUACCAGAGAAACGGACAUCACAAUAUCAAAAUUACUUUUUCCUUAUUUUUAAACAUGUCAGCAGUCAGAUUGCAAAGAAUGGUUGGGAGAAUCAUGCAUGGAUAAAGGGAAAAUCCAUUAGGAGAAAAGUCUUAAAAUUAAAAGGCACAUGACUUUAUGAAAUCUCUUGUGUUCAUUGUCAUUCUAAAUACUAGUUGUUUUUUUGCACAGGUUUGAACUUUAUUUUUUUGAAGAAUGCGUGCCCAAAAAGAAUAUUUAUUUAUAAGUUUUUAAACCAACUAGCAAAGAUUUUAAUAUUACCAAAUCCAAGUGAUGCUGACUGUUUCAUUUUUCAAUGAUGUAUUUUUUGUGGGGCAAUGUAAACAUUAACAAAAUUUGGGGGAAGUUUUGUCUCUGAGACAGAAACUACAUUUAUGUUAUUUUUUUAAAAAGGGAGGGUUUGAAGUUUGACCAUUUGUUUUUGAUUUAUUGCAUACAAAUACAUUUCCCUAUUGUAAGUUUUAUAUUCUAAAACCUUAAAUCUCACGGCCAAAAUAGAUUACGAAAUUGAAGUACAAACUUCCUUUUUUAAAAAAUUCAACCACUGGAAGAAGUUGGCAGCCUAGGAAGAAAUAAAACUUUUUUUUUUUUUUUUUUAAAGCUCAGAAUGAUUGUGAGACAUAAGGUUAGAAAACUAUGUUAAAGAGUCUGGUUUAUAUUAUAAGGAUAUUUAAGAUGAUUAUGUGGUUUACAUAAAGAGUUUUGAUCUAAGGAGAAGACAUUUUUUUUAUCAAUUGUGUGAUAGGAAAGAGCUUGUUUUAGGUUCAGGUGGUGGAUUUUCUGGAUAGAGGGAUGAGUUGAUAGUCAGGGGCUUAGAAACAGUAGUGAAUCAUAGUGAAUGAAAAACUAUUUGGGGAUAAAUAAGAAAUACUUAAUAGUUAGAGUAUGUUGCAUGGGGGUAAAAUAAAAAUGAAAUGGCAACAAAUUUACAGAGUUUAUAGUAAACGGUAGAUUGUAGCAAACAAGCAUUCUACAAUGGUAACAUCUGGGUGCUGGGUGGCUGAGCGGUCUAAACUGACUCAAACAAAAUAGCUGGUGGUCUGGAGUUCAAUCCCCACCAAAGCCAACUACCCAGGGUAGAUAGGACCAUGGACAGAACUCAUCUAAGAGUAGGCAACUCUGAAUUCAAACCAGGAGACAGAAUGAUCAAUAAAUUGAUUGUGGGCCCUCAAAUAUAAUAAGAAGACAUCUCACAGGAGACGAAACAUUUGUGUGCUAUCACUUCAGAAGCAUUAAGGAUAACUUGAUACUUCGAAUAAACCAUUUACAAAACAAACAACAUCCCCCCUCCCCCGCCACCCCAUUUUUCCUACAGCAGUUAGCCAUUUCUUUUUUUAUAUUUUUAUGGUCUACUUAAUUAAAUGGAGGUGAUAUACACAUUUUGUCAAAUUUAACAAUUAAUGGUCGAUUUUCUAGUAUUAUAAAAGGUGUUGCUAAAUAACUUUAAAAAAAAAUCUGAAUUGAGUUUUGAAGAUAAAAUCUGAUAUUUUGUAUUGUUAUGAUACUUUUAAAUGGUUUGCAAAGUUUUUGAAAUUUCUUAACACUUGCUCCUAAUUAAACUUUACUUGUUAUUUUCCUAUUUAUUUUAUAUAAUUGAUUUUGAACAUGGAUCUAACAAUUUCAAAAACAUUGAUUUUAAGGCAUCCUGUCUUCAGAGUGGCUUUCAUACAAGUCUUCAGAGUGGUAUAAGAAAACUACACAAAUCUGAUUAAAUUUUAGGUCAAAGGAUUUACAUGGCUCAACUAAGGGUAAACUUUUUAUUUAAUAUACACACAUUUAAAAAUUAAUUAAAAAAAUAUAUACCAAUUUAAAUUAAGUAAAAUAACAGAAAUGUUAGAUUUAGCUCAUCCCCUAUGCAAUAUCAGUUUUAAGUAAUUUAUAUAUAGCCUAAACAUAAACAAGUUAAGUUAUAUAACUGGGCAUAAGUGUUAAAUGAAAAGGAAUGAAACUGCUCUAAUUUUAUGAACUAUUGAGAUGAGGUGGAGGUGUUGUAGUCCCAGACAAAAUGCUUUCCUCCAAACCUCAUUUUUAACAAAAAAAUGUAUUUACAUUUUUUAUAGUAGAUCAUCUUUUACUGAUUAUAAUUAUUUACAACUAAUUCAAUAUCUUGAUGGGGGUAAUGAGUAAGAUUGUCUUGUGGUAUUCAAUAGUUAUUUUAUACUAACACUAAAAUAAUUGUUUCUCAGAGGCAGCGCUCGGAGCGCAACAUUAGAACAGACAUUGUUGAGCCAUGCAUAAGCAUUAAAUGGAGAAUAUUUUCAGUGGUGUGCUUGAUCUUCGGACCAUUAUUUCUUCUUUACCUGACACUGCGAUGUGAGAAGGUAUGUAUUGAAAUUUGAGAAAGGCAUUGGUACAGAAAUAUUAAUAACAUUUUUUUAAGCUUGCAUUGAAAAAAAAGUAAUUUUUUAUAAAGUCAAUAAUUUUAUAAUUUGAUUUGCAGAAUCAGUGUGUGCUUUUUCAACUUCCACUUGUUAUUCCUACACAUGCAAGUGCAUAUUUUUCAACUUUUGCAACAAGUAUAGUGCUAGGAUUUCUCACUCUUAUGCUUUUAUUCAAUAUUACUGCAAGGCCAGCAACUUUGAAAACAUCUGGUAAAGGUAAAGGUAAUUAUAGUAACAAAUCUAUGUUUUAAAACUUCUGUUAAGAUAAACAAGAACAUAUUUAUUCAUGUACUCUAAUAAAACGGCAGUUAUUUUCAUUAAAAAAAAAUUAUUGAUAUUUUUUAUAAUCUCCCUUUCACAAGUACCAAUUUGCUGAUUUAUUUUAGUGUUAAUAAUAUUGGUUUUGAACACCCAACAACCUUGACUUGGGGAAGAAAAUUAUCAGUUCAUAUUUCUAAAAUAUGUGGAAAAUAAACACAAAUAUAUUUUUAAAAGAAAUGACUCUAUGGCCAGGAACUAUUUUGAACAAAUGCCACAUCUUUUUCAGAACAGCCAGUUAUGUCAGCUGCCUUUUCAUCUUUGCUCAGCACUACCUUGCUGUUGUUGGCUCUGUAUUAUCUUAAGCCAGAAUACAUAAAGUUAGCUCAUGAUGAAUACCUUCGAAUGUUGGCUGCAGUUAUUGUCAUCUCCAUUAUAAUCAGCACCUUGAUCUUUUUAUUUUCACAAAUUGGAAUUUUGAAAAAAGACAGAGGUAUGAACUCAUAAUACCCCAUUCCAAUAUAUUUUAAAUGUACUUAAAUAUAUGGUAGAUUUGCCAAUUGUGUAAUGGAAGUUAAUUUUUGAAAUAUAUUUAUUUAAAAUCAAUGAAGUGAUUAUAACAUUGAUCUUUUUAAAUGAUAUUGAAAUAAUUUCUGCAUUUUGGUCAAGUAUUUAAUUGUAUAUUAAUGGAUUUCUGUUUAAUCUUUUUCAGACCAUUGCUGUCCGAUGGCUUUCUUCUAUGGCUCCACCACAGAAAUUAAGAUCAGCCAUGUAGAGCUGAAGUACUUCUUUUAUGUAUACGUGGGAUUGGUUGCAUGGGCCUUGCUAGAUCUCCUAAUUUUGCUGAACUAUACUAUCGACCACGCCAUCACAGCCCCGCUUGCCUUUUUAACCGGUACACACUUUUGUGUUAUAGCCCAUACAUUGGCUUAUGAGGUAAGCAUUAAAUGGGAAUUUUUUUAGAACUUAAUUUCAUAAUACUUUACAUGUUAAAUGAUUAUAAUAUAAAUUUUAGUUUUGGCUCUUAACUGUGGAGCUUAAAUCAUACAACAUUGUUUUUCUUUAAUAAAUAAUAGCUUGGUCUAUAGCAAAAGUAUAAUUUAAUAUUUUCCACCUGUUGCAAACAGAUUUUCAUAAAAUCAUAUUAUUAUGAAAAAUUUAAAUAAUUAAAUUCUGUGCUCCACAGCAAUUCUUGCGCAAUCGCCCUUUUGUAAAGACAGAGGGCCUCGGUUUUUUCUGGUUGAUGAGAGUGUUUAUGUACCUUCCCUUCCUUCAUUCACUUCCAGUCUAUUAUGCUGCAACCACAGAGAUGUCAUUACCUAAACCUGCUAUCUUGGCAGAUUCUGUUCUGUUCUGUAAGUCAUUGCACUUUUUUUUUUUUAUAUAUUCAAAAACAAUGUUAUCUAACAGGAUUAAUAGUAAGCUGAAAAUAUAAUAAUAAAAGUUAAGAAAAUAAAUACUUUGUAUUUUUAAUAGUGGGUGGGUGUUGUUGAAUUAACCCACGAACUGUGGUCGGCCUGAAAAAAUCCGCCGACUUUCUCAUUCUGUACUGUGGCGGCCGAUAAAAAACACGGUCCGAUAGCAACUUGCAAUCCAAUAUUUAACUGGAAUUAUAGCCACUUAUAUUAUAUUAUUUUUAAUGUUUAUAAAGAUUGUCAAAGAUUGUCAAAGAUUGUUCUUCUAUUUGUUUCCUUUUUAAUUUAUGCAGAAGACUGAAGAGACAAAUGUAACAUUAUUUUUAACUUAACAAAAACAAAACAGUAAUGAUCCGUAUAAUUAAGAAUGUAACAUUAUUUCUGAACAAAUACUUAAGUGGGAACAUCUUUUAGUCAGUUAGUGCUUCAGUCAAAUGCCUGAUGAGCGGGGCAUAUCUGGUAAUGCAAAUAACAUUUCUAUUAGGGUUCGUGUGUGGUAAUAAUAAAAAUUUUAGAAUCUUUUACUGUUAUAAGUUAAAGAAACUAUAAUUUAAGAUGGGAGAACUUGACAAAAAAUAAUAUAGAAAGUUACCAAAAGCUGUUUCCCCAUUUUUUCUAUCGACCAAUUGCACCCCUUCAAGUACAAAAUUCAAGUCACACCUUUACAAAAGUAAUAAUUGAAUAAUGCAUUUAAAAUUGGAAAACUUAAACUUUUUAAAUUAAAUUAUAAAGAGAACUGUAGGACAUAUAAAAUUAACUUGUGAAUUAUUUAAAUAAAGUGAAAGGUUGAUGAAGAAAUUAAAAUUAUGUAAACAUUUAUUUUGUAACUUAAAAUUUAGGUAUUUAGGGAAAAUUUUUAAAAAUUAACAUAAUACCAGUAGGUUUUUUAGUGUGCAUAUCCUUGUUGUAAAAAGUUAUUUUCCCAAAAAUCAACAAAUAGCUUGUUAACCUUUUCUACAUUAAAAAAGUUCUUACAUAAAAACUGUUUAAGCUUUAUUUUCCAUCCAACUUCUGACCAAUCCUAAUUAGGUCUUGAAGUUUUAUACUAUCUAAUUAUCCAGCAUUACAUUAAUAUAAAUUAUAAAUAUAAAAUUUGUUCAUUAUAACAGGAUAUCAGGGAAAGCAAAUUGAAGUACAUUUUAAACAUGAUUUUCUACCUAAUGUAAAAGUGAAGUAUGUAAAAAAAAUAUUCUUCAGUUCAAAAUUUUAUUUUAAUUUUUUUUUCUCCCUCAGUAUUAAGAAGUACACUUAGUAUAAAAAUGGCUUUCUCCUUUCCACACCCCACCCCUUAAUUUCUUUAAUUUAAUUAAUAAAUGAUGUUUCUUCAGUAUUUGGCUUCGUCAUAUACAUCAGCUCCAUUCAUCAGAAAGAAAACUUCGCCCAAGGCCACACAGUUUACAAAAGUAUUUAUGAAAUUUCAUUACUUCCCUAUUUUUAAAAAAAAAAUUUUUCAACCUGGCAUCUAAAACAGUGCAUUUCAACCCAGUUUUCAUUUUCAAUCAACUUUAUUUUCAAUUCGUUGUAUGUUUAUGGAUUUAAAAAUAGAAAAUUCUAGCUCCAGUUUAGUACACACUUAAUAGCAUUAUAUAAUUACACAGGUUAUUGCACUGGCAUAUUUAUUUUUGAAAAUUUAAGAUAUUAAAAGUGUGUCAUGAACAGGUUUAGAAACUGAAAUUCUUCAAUGGCAACCAUCUUUUUGUGUUAACAAUUUAAUCAGCUGAACUGUUGUCUUGAAAGUUGGAGCCCCUUUUUGUUCUUAAUAUUGGAACACAUUUUAAACAAAUCUUUCCAACUGUUCUAAAUUCUAAUAAAUUAGAUGUUCAAACAAUCAAUUUUAACACAUUUCGCAGUGGCUAAAAAGUCUUAGUAAAUCUAUUUCUUCAAAUGUUAGAAAAAUUAUAUUAUCAAAGUAAGAUUGGCAAGCACAAGCAAGUGUUUUAAGAGAGCACUUUUUGACAUUAUUAUUUAAUUAUUUUUUUGUACAGUUUAAGACAUUGAAUAUUUUUACUAUCUAGAAAGCAUAUUCAAUGUAUUUUCAAGUGCCACAUUUUAACUUACCUCUGAAUUAAUUGGAAAAUAAAAAUUUCUUUUAAUUUCAGAUAUAAAAUCAAUACCUGCAUCUCAAGGAAAAAAAAUACUAAUUAGUGGCUACUGGGGCAUUGUACAGAAGCCUGACUAUCUUGGCUAUAUGAUCAUCUGGUUGUCAUGGACCAUUGCUUGUGGUAGGUUUUGUUUGAAAAAUAAAUUUAAAGCAGUACCGGUACCAGUAUUAUGAAAGUGUAUUAAAAGAAUUAUUUCUUAAGUAUUGUAAAGCUGGAUAUGCAUUUCCUGAACUGACCAUAACAAAAAGCUUAAUACAUUUGAAGGAAAUGUGAAGACCAGUUUUAUAUGAGAGUGUAAAUAUAAAAAUGAUAUUAUAAUUCAAGAUCAUUUGUAAAACAAAAUCUGCAUACAUAUUAAUUUAUUUAGACUACCGGUAUUUCAAUAACUAAGAUAUUAAUUAGGCACAAAUAAAGAUAAAUAAUGUUUAUCUUAAUUAAAAUAUAAACUAAUCAAUAAAAAAAAAUUCAUUAUUUUAUCAAACAUUUCUGGUUUGAUGAAAUCUGUUAAAUUAUGAGGGUUUUAUAAAGGCAUUAUUUUGGGAACACUAUUAACCCACAAACUGUCAAUGGUAUGUUUCUGUACUGUGCAGGCAAUUUAGAGCUUUUUGGAUGAAAAUUGUGAUUUUCACAUGCCAAUACUAUAGCUAGACCCCAUAAAGUGUAUUUUUAUUGAAAUUAGACUGAGUGGGGAAUCAUACUGGCUAUUUUUUUUAAUGAUCUUUUAUACUCAUUGGCCAUGACCUUGACCUUGGAGUAGCCAAGAAUAAAAAUAAUGAAAAUUUGUCUUUUCAAGUACCUCAAACUACAUUUUUUUAAAGGCAUAUUAAUAUAAUUUUUAUAUAAUAUGAUAGCAUUUUUAUUUAGCUAUUAAUAAAUUUUAAAAAAAAAUUUCUUUUGAUACCUAUAAUUACGUUCAAGUAACCAAGCACGACAUAAACAAUAUAAAAUUUACUAAAUAGCAAGAAACAGAUAAAAUUUUAAUAGCUGCUAUAUAAAUAUUUAAUCCAUAAAAGGAAAUGUAAGAAACAUAUAUAGAACAACGUCCAAUUAUUUUUUGUUGGUACAAAAUCAUCUACAACAUAGUUUUGAAGAGUCCUGUUGCCGCAUACUUGUUCUAGGCCUAGGUCUAAAUUGUCCGAACUUUCUCUUUCUGACCAACUAGAAAAUUAUCGGAAUUAUCAUUAUCUUCGUGUGUGAUCGGAAAAUCAUCUUCCGAAUCGUUAACUGAAAUGAAUUAUCAAAAAGAUUCCUAACUGAUUUAUUUUGUAAGCCAGAUGGUCCAGCUAUGGCCUCGUCCACUUCGCGAAAAUCUACUGACACAAAUUUGCUUGAUAAAGAUCGUUGUAAAAAUAACUCCAAAGUUUAAAAAAAGGGCACAGAAGAGCAAAAAAACUGAAGUUUAUUUAUUAAUAAAUGGAAGUAUUUUUAUUUGGUGUAAAAAUAUUGGACUGGAACUUAUUCUUUCAACGCAAUUUUUAUUGGCCGACACAGUUUGGGAAGAGAAAAUCAUCGGCUGGCGACAGUUCGUGGGUUAAAGAAGAAAAUAUUUCUCUAGACUUCUCAGCAUCAAUGUAAUUGAUAUACUGUAAAUGAAACAAACAAAGUUUGUGUAAAAAAAUUUCAUUUAUUUAUUUCAGGCUUUGGUGGUGUACCUGUAGUUGUUCUGAUAGUUGUAAUUGGCACCAUUCUGAUGUGGCUGAGACAAAGUGCUAAUUAUAAGCGAAAUUCACUUGGCAAUGGCUGGACUAAAUAUUGUACCAAUGUACCAAAGCAAAUCAUUCCAUUUGUUUAUUAAUACAUUCUUUAAAAAAAAAAAAAAUGAACAUAAGUACCAACAUAGAGAUGUGGCUAAUAAGGCUUAUUUAUUACUAUUUUAAAAAAAAAAUUUCUUCCAUGCCUUUGACAUUUUGUUAUUACAUCAAAAAAUGAAAGUACUUAUUGUGUGAUAAGCAUACCAAUUGACUUUAUUCCAUUCCUAAUAAACAUCAUGAUUGAAUUUAAAAGCACUUGUUAUUAUUAUUAAGUUUUGUGUGGUGAAUAUAAAAUUUAAAAUAGCUGUAUUUUGUAAAUAUGAACAUAACUAAAUAAACGUUUUCUGUUUAUAUAAGUGCCAAGUGUUUUCUUUUAAAUUACCAAUAUUUCAUUUUAAUUUUACAUUCUGCCUUUCACUUAUUGUUUCAUUUAACAAAUUAAAUAGCAAUUCUUUGUUUUCAUUCUGUUACAACUUUUUAAGAAAUAGCAGUAAGUUUUAAACUCAUUCUAAUUUGCUGUUUUGGAUUUUUCCAUAGGUGGAUGUUUUUCCACACAUAAAAAAAAUCAGAUCCAUAUUAAAAUAGAGAAAACAGAAGAAUGUCAAGUCCAAAAAAGGUAUUAAUUGUUCGAAGUUAAAGUUAUCCACGAUUUUUAAAGUAUACUAUAAUGUUUUGAGUGAUGACAUUGUUUGCAUUGAAGGAAACGGACUAUAACUAUAAGCUGCCAUAUUAUAUUUGAUCUCCGAGAGUUCUCUGUACUGUAAUUCCUAUGAAAAUGUUUUAAAGGUAGUGGCCUCCCCUAGUUUCAACUAUGAACUUUUAGAACUAGUUUAUCAAUGCUAUUGGUCGUGCCAUUUGGUGGUAUGCUUACUAAUUAAUGGUGUUGAUGUUGGGAUUUUUUUUUGGUUUAAUUUUAAAUAAUUUAUAAUGGUUUCAUCAAGUUUAAAUUAAUGAUGAAGAAGUACCGGUUCAUUUUAUUUUCAAAGGGCUCAGCUUCACUCUGGUUCAGUGCCUAUCAGAAAAGCGAAUUGAUGGUAUAGGCCCAAUAGUAUAAAUUGCUUAUUCUUAUAUUAUAUAAUUUUAUAUAAUUGUAAUGUGUAUGUUAAAGUAUGAAGUAUGGUAUAAAACUAGUAGUGGUAUAUAAAACUAGUACUAGUAGUAUUUAUGUCAAAGCUUAACUAGUAAUUUGUCAAAGAGAAGUUUAAAUAUGAUACAAAUCAAAUUCACAUGAUUUUUUAAAACAUCAGUAACAAAUAGUGAAUAAUAUGUCUUUCUUAAAUAUUUAUUUGCCUAUUUAAUUAAUACAUUUAUUUUUUAAUACUAAUACAAAUUGAGUAGAUUUUCAUCAACACAGAUGAUUUUAUUUUGUUUUUUCUAUUAGUCCUCCAAGUCCCCGGCUCGAAAUAGAACAAGAGGACGCAGUACAUCUGCUUCUCGAAGCACUAAAACUGCAAGAAGUCGUAGUAGAAGCUCUGGCAGAAAACCUAAAGCAGUUGUUUCUGAGGUUGUAGAAGUAAAAGAAACUAAGGUAUGGUAUGAUCCAUAGCACAUAAACUUGCACAUCUCAAUGUUAAUAUUAUCUAUCUCCAAUUCCAAUUUGUAAUAGACAGCAAAAAAUCCAAAUACAGACAUUUAAAAAAUAGGAAAUUUGUUUGUUAUACUCAAGAGAGUAAACAUGAAUGUACUAUAAAUCUUAAAGAACAAGUUUAGGGUUAAUGAUAUUUUUGGAGGUUUUUGCCCACUGUUAAAAGGUGGGGGUGGGGGGGGGGUGUUCCCAAAUCAACAUUUGAAGGGAGACAUCCCAAAAAUGUAGCUUUUUUAUUGGAAACUGCAUCAAACUUUUUUGGUAUUAACCUAUUCUACCCCGUAGCGGCUAAAUCUGGUCAGUACUGAUUCAAUCCAACUACGGCUAAAUCCGGCCACUCAAACCUUUACUUACACUUACACGUCAAAUACACGUUGCAAAAUAGAACGCGGAAAUCUCACUAUUUAAACAAAAAUCUCGCUAGAAACAAGACCAAGGGAGAUUACUUUCUUUUAAAAAUAUUUAUAUUAAUGGGUGAGGAGUAUUCAUUAUUUUAAAAGCAGAUUUUUUAUUUUAGUGUUAUAAUCAUUAGUAUUAGUAUUCAAAUACGUAAUGGGAAAUUGACUUUUAUGAAUUUACACAAGAAAAGCAUUAGGAAAUAAUGUUACAUAACACAUAAAGAAACCAUUUAUGAAUGCAAAUCAAUUUAUUUCAUAUAAUUAUACUUUUAAAUAGAUUUUAAAAAAAAAAAUUUUUCAAAACUUUUCUGCGGUAAAGAUGGAGUUGAUCGAAGGAAACUUUAUGCCCCCUUUUAAGGUCAAAGGGCAAGUUUUUCCACAUAGUGUGAAGCGUGAUACCAUCAUCGCAACAAAAUCAAUAAUUUGUAACAAAUACAUUUUGUUCAAAACGAUGAAAACGUGUAUGUAAUUCAGUCUAAUGUAGAAUAAAUGUGUAUACAUCAAAAAAAUAAAUAAAAUAUGGAGUUGCUCCCCUUUGCUUUGGCUUGGGUUUCCAAUGAUAUAAUUUCUGAACGCCCUGGAUUAAAUGGGUUAUUAAUUGAUUUGUCUCUGGGUGAGAAGCCCUAGUUUUGGUGCCAUGGUAAAAAAUGGGGAGAGACUGCAGUUAGGUUAUGUAAAAGAAAAUUAGCGAAACAAAGUAUGGGAAAACCUGAAAAGGAACAUGUUGGCAAGAAACCUGCUGCGAAAAAACAGCAGUUCAAGCAAAUUAAAAAUAAAUACUUGGCUCCCAGAGAACAGCAAGUAGAAUUUUACAUUCAGGAAAGAAACUUAAAUAUACAGUAACAGAAAAUAUCUCUUGAAGAAAAACACACCUAAGUGUGCUGGAAAAAAAAGGAUUAAUAAUUUGAAAUCUUCUCAUAUCCUCUUCAUAUUUCAGACCGAAUUAAGCUGAUGUGAUAAUUUAUAUAUUUAAAAUUAAAAAUAGUUGACUUGACAUUUUGCAGUUUUUAAAUGCUAAAUUUAAAUCGCAAUUUGACUCCUAUUUUUAAUUAUACUUUUAAUUGAAAUAGCUCUUUAAAAACUGUCAAUUGUUUUAAUUUGAAUACCACCUUCAUUUCAAAUUCUAUUAACUUAAGUUGAAAUCAAUAAUAAAAAAAUUCCCCCAGGUAGCAGCCAGAUCUCCAGGUCGUCCUCAAGGUUCAUCUAAAUCACCAACUCGGGCUGGCAGUAGAGCAACAACUAUAACCAAAAAAUCCAUUAUUACAGAGACAUAUGCAACCACUUCAGCAAAUCAAGAACAAGCAUCUGUAACUCCAGUUAGAACUUCCUCAAGAAUUUCUUCACUCAUCGAAAAAGAGGUAGUCAAGAGCUAUUGAACUUUCAGUAAACUUUUCUGGGCUUACUUUCUUAAGUCACUUCAAUAAAAUUGGAUGUUAGCUUACUGAUUUAAAUAGUGUAUUAGAAAAAUUAAUAAAAUAUAAAUUAAAUCCAUUUAAAAGAAUUUUCAUACUUUUUCCCAACGGAAAUUUCUCAUUAUGUUCAAAUAAAAAUGAUUAUGAAGUUAUAUGAAAUGAUUAUAAAAAUAGUUCUUAAAACUUAUAAUCAAAGAUAGUCAUAAUCUCAACAUUAUAGUCUCAACCUCUACCUAAUCUAUAUGAAUAAGAAUUUCAUUUCAGUUUCACACUUUCAAAUUAUCAAUAUCAUAAUUUUGUCAAUGUUAUUUGACUCUAACAAAGCCUUCUGGUUAAAUAAUUUGAAAAAGAAACUAAUUUUUCAGCUUUUUCAACCUGAAGUUGAUCUCUAAUUCUUAAAAUGUAAAAUUUUAAUUGAAUAAAAGUGAAAUUAUUAUUAUGAAAUUGUUCAAAUAUAAAUAUAUAUAAAGAAAAAAUUUAAAACUAUUUUAGAGAAAUGUCUUAGUGACAAAGCAAAACACUUACUCAAGCAUGCACACACUAAAAAAUCUCCUAAAUUUUCUUUACCUACGGUACCUAAAAAAAUUAUUUCUGGAGGGGGGGGGGCAUCAUUUAAUGCUUAACUCAUUCCCGACGGUUGCGACUAAAUGCGUCCUCAGGGGGUUCCUACUGAUGCGUCCAAAUGCGUCCCGGCGCAUAGCGACACACCUCUCUUAGUUUUAGUUAAAAAUAGCAAUGAAAUCUCGCACCCCUCGAGACUUCCGGCUAUGGCGUGAUUUCUGCGUGAUUUUAAUUUAGAAACCGGAAGUUUUUAUCUUGUUUCACUUUAAAACUACGUGUGCUUUAGUACGGCGCGUCUAUAUGUACCAUGUGUUCGUCCGAGGUGCCGAAAAUCGAUUUUUUUGGCCAUUGUUCGUUAUUUUUCCCCCGCUAAUGUUAUAUUUAUAUUAAACCUUAUUCAUUUUUUGUUGCAUUUGUUCUUAAUUCAUUAACAUUAAAUAAUAUUUAGCAACUUAAAAAAAUAUUUUAAAAAUAUAAAUCAAUUUCAAAAUCUAAUGUUAUAUUUAUAUUAAACCUUAUUCAUUUUUUGUUGCAUUUGUUCUUAAUUCAUUAACAUUAAAUAAUAUUUAGCAACUUAAAAAAAUAUUUUAAAAAUAUAAAUCAAUUUCAAAACUGAGUAGCUUCCCUUUUCUCAGGAAAAUAAAUUAAGUCCGGAAGCAGCGCUGCCGGAGGGAAUGAGUUAACAUCAGAUACCAGCAGGGAGAUCAUGUCUAACAGUAUUUAAAAGUUGAAUUUCUACACAUAUUGUAAUUAAUUAAGAAGUUAUUAUUCUUUACUGUUUGAUUAACUCUCAAAAGACUAGAUUUUUCUGGUUUGUAAUGACCUUGAAUACAUUUUAUUAUUCAGUGUGUGUCAUGGCUGUAAUUUUUUAGCUACCUAAAAGUAUUAUAUAUAAUUUUGAAGGUAAUUGGAUGCUCUUUAAUUGAUAUUUAAUGAUUGUUUAAAAUAUCCUUGCUUAAUUUUAUUUAUUAAUAUUUUUGGGCAAAAAAAUAUUUAAGUCGACAAAAACAUAACAUCACAGCUUUACUAAGAAGGAAGAAAAAAAAGUGUUUCCAAUUAUAUCAAAGAAUUGAUAUUUUAUUAGAAUGUAUUCAAUACUACAAAAGGUAUUCAAAUUUCAAAAGAAUAGACUCAUAAAUAAAAAAGUUAUAACUAUUUGUAGACAGCAUAUCAUUCAAGAAAUAUUGCCAGAAAAAGGCAAAAUUAUUUUUUUAAAUAAUAGUAAUUUUUUUUUUAAAGGAAAACAUACUGCAUUGAAAUUAUACCCUUACAAAAUUUUGCGUAAGUAUUAUUUUAGAAUAAAAGUAAAGAAAAAAAAUCACAUUUUAAUAAAUAAACAUUUUUAUGCAUCCCGGAAAUACAGAUCAAAUGAUUUAAUCCUUCGCCCAAACCAUGUAUAUAAAAUUCUUGAAAACAAUUUCUUUAUUUAUUAAAAAAAAAAUACAAAUGUAUCAAAAACAAAGCCUGUGACUUAUGCUCUGACUAUUUUACCCUUGUUUUGGUAACACAAAAUUACAUUUAUUUGUUAUUGUCAGGUUGCGGCUCACGUAAAUAUUUCGGGUUCAUCAUCAAAGAUGUCCCAUGUUCCCUAAAUUGUUCAUUAAUUGCUACAUUUUCUUGAUGCUGAUACAGUUCUUUGUAUUUUGCAUUGAGAAACAUGAGAGUCUCCCAAUUUUGCACAGCAUGUUUCCUUUAUUUUCAGUAUCAGAAACUUUUAGGAAACUCAAUAUAGCCUUGAAUAUGUUCUUAAACAUAAUGGCCUUGCUCUGACUGCUCAUUGUUCAUCAUAAAAGGAUUUCCUGGACAUUUCUUGUAAAACUUAAGAGCUUGAAUAAGUUCUGCAUUCAUUAUAAAUCCACUUUGUAGAUAAAACUCCUUUUCAAUGAUGUUAUACCAAUUUUUGAAAACAGAAAGUUUCUUUGGUCCUUUGUCCUGCGCACACUGCUUACUAAUAACCAACCAAAUCUGUAGUAAAAUAGAGUUUGAAAAUGUCUAUUUGCUUUUGAAAUCUCCUUAUAUCCUCUCUUGUUUUUAUGCUUUGUACCUCUGGUCUAAAUGCAGCAAUCCACUUAGAGUCCCACAGUCAUUGUCAUCAAAACCCAUUGGAUUGAUUAUGAUUGACAUCUGCCCUUCAUAGAUGCUGUAAAAAUAGAGAAAAAUGUUUAUUAGUUUAGUUAACAUAAAAAAUGUACAAUAUAAAUAAAAAGAUUUCAAAAUAUAAAACAAUCUGCCUAAAUUACUUCUACUUCAACUUUUCAUUGAAAAGGGAACACAGCUGAUUGUUACAGUCACAGUGUAAUAGCCUUGGCCUUGUACGGCAUUGUUUUACAUUUUGCUAACUGAAAAAUAAUAAUAUUAAACAAUUUUAUAACUACAAAUUAGUUUCAAUUAAAACAAAUAAUGUAAUCCAUUUAAGAAUUUGAAUAAAGUUAAUGUUAGGGCUAAUAAUAGUGCUAAGAAAGUAUCACGGUAUGGGAGUGAGUUGAGUAUGAAUGAAAAAAGUAAACAAACCUUGUAUACUAUUAAUAUUAGUAUUAUUAUGAUGAUAAUUUACAGUAUUCUCUGUAUCAGUAUCAGACACAUCUGAAGUGCUAUCUUCAUCAAAAAUAUUCCUCUAAGGAAGAAUUAUUAGAAUCGGACUCCAUAGCAAUGCUUUAGUGUGUAGUGACAGUGAACUGGUCUUGUGGCAAAACAUGUGUAAAUUGUGUAACACUGCGAAAAAGGAAAUUCAUGAAUGGACAAGUUGCUAAAAGAUUUAUUCCAGAACUAGUAGUAUAAGCAAUUUUUCUUUAUUGCCAAAUAGAAAUUUAACAUGCCAAAAUAGUAAAUCUUUAUUUUUGCCUUUUAAUAUUAUUUUUAUAUAUAUAUUUUAAGGUUUGUGUUUUUCACCCGUCAGCUAUGACAGAUUUUUCAAUCCCUCGUCUUUUGAGAGUUAAUGUCUAAUUACUUAUUUUCUCAGAAAGAAGAAUCAUCUCGCAUCAGAGAACAAAUGAAGUCGGAAAUGUUAUCAACUAUCACAACUCCACCACCAAAAGAAAAGGCACAGCUAAAAGAGAAUGGGCCAAAGUACGAAUUCAUGGGACCAAUAGGGACAUUCCUGCUCAUCUUCCUCUUACCAUUAACUGUAUAUUAUGUUAAUUUGGCCUGCAGAAAGGUGAGGGAUAAAACAUCUGUAAUUUAAAAUAAUGCUUGGAUUUGAAAUCCAUCGCGCUGUACAGUGAAUCUAAAAUUCUUGGCUUAAACACAAUUAAUGGUGUAGCUUGUUGACUUGAAGUCACUGAAUAAUUUAUUUCUAUAAUUUCACUAAACAACUGUUGAAGAACUGUUCAAUCACAAACUGUUGAUGAAUUUUUAAAUCAAUAAAUUUUCUUUUUAAUAUUGUUUGUAGAAGUCUAUGUUUUGUAUUAUAAAAGAGUAAUGUUAUAUGUGUCUGAAAAACUUUUUUAAAUUAAUAUAUUAAAAAGGGAUAUGAAAAAGGUUUAUGUUGAAAGCAUAAUUUUUACUACAUGGUUCAAAACAUUCUAGAUUUUCACCGUACUAGUAAUUGUACUUACUUUCAUAACAAUGUAUAUUUAAAUGGGCCUCUUCAGACUUCAUUUUCAUAAUUUUUGCAUAAUAUAAACAUUUCCGAAAUGCUUUUGAAUUAAUUUUCACAGGGUCAUUGCUCCGUUCUAGAAAUUCCUACUAUUCCCAAAAAUCUUGUGGCUGCAUUUAUUGAACCAGAGUCAAUGUUUAUCUACUUAGCUUGGUUUUUCUUUCAAGUUAUCCUUGCAUUGUUGCCUGUUGGUCCAGUUGUUUAUGGUCAGCCUCUUGCAUCAGGAGGAAAGCUCAAAUAUAGGUGCAAUGGUGAGAUUUUUCUAAGUGUAUGUAAAAAGAACUCAUUUAGAUUUUGGCAUUUUAUAAUAUUUUUAUAACAGAGCUUCUAUCAAAUAAAGGGACCAUUCAUAAAAUACUUGUAAAAAUCUUGUACAUAGUAAGAACAAAAUAACAAUUAUAUUCAACUUGUAUCAUGGUGAGACUUGCCAUGUUGUGAGUGAAUCGCAUGUCUACUUUCAACACUCCCUGCCCUGAUAUGCUUUUUUAUGAACACAUUUUUUUUAAAAAAUUGUCAGAUGAAAUAACACACAUUGAGUAUUGAAGGCUGAAAAAGUAGCAAGCCAGAGUGCUUGUUUCUUAUUUAAUAUAUUUUAUCUUUUGUUCCUCUGAAUAAAUCUUGAUGUUGGAACAAAUUUGUUAAUUUAAAACAUUUUUUUCAAGGUUUCUUUGCUCUUGUUACAAGUCUACUAAGUUUGGGUGCUGCUAUCUACUUCAAAUGUCCAGUGACUAAAGUGACUGAUAAGUUUUUCAAGUUGAUGACUUCUGCAGUAAUCUUCAGCACCAUACUAAGUGUAGCCCUAUAUAUUAGUUCAAGAUUUGUUAAUCCAAAAAAGCUUGCCUCUGGAGGGAAUACAGGUAAGUUAUAUGAUUUCUAACUUAAUUCACAAAUAAAUUUUAUUCAUGUAACACCACUAGAAGUAGGUUAAUUUCUUUUUUUUUUUUUUUUGAAAGCUUUGAAAAAAAUGACAAAAAAUUCCUUCUUUUUUCCCCCCAGUUUGGACUAUUUAUUGAUAAGGCAAUAAUAAAUAUAAUCUUUACAGGGCGAUGUUUCUAAUAGGAUUCUAGUUUGCCAUACAACUCUGGACAGUCAUUUAGAAUUUUAAGAAUUUUUUAUUUUGGUAUUAUAUAUGGUUAGAGAUGAUCUUUUCAAUGGCUUUUGAUAGCAGUAAAAGAUCCUUGUUAACCAUUAAAGGUUUUUUAAAUGUAGCAGCCGAUAAUUAUUUUUGACUGACUCAAAUUAUCAUUUCUUUAAAUUUAUAAAAAUAACCGCACAAUACAGUGAAUUUAUUAAUUUUAAUUAAUUAUUUACAGCAAAUUGUAAUUACUUUUUCAAAAUAAUAAAGUUCAAGUUCUAUAUGUAUUAUUGCAGGAAGUGUCAUUUAUGAUUUCUUCAUUGGUCGUGAGCUGAACCCCCGUAUUGGAUCUCUUGAUCUGAAGUUUUUCUGUGAGCUGCGCCCAGGUUUGAUAGGCUGGGUAGUUAUGGACUGGAUCAUGGUAUACAAAGCAUUUCAGGACACUGGAAGUUUCCCUCCUAACUUGGUUUUGGUUACAGUUUUUCAGACUUUGUAUGUGGCUGAUGCUCUUUGGUUUGAGGUGAGAAUCAAGUCAUAUUUUACAACAAAAGCGAGAACUAUAUAAGCCAUAAAAAUUACGCAAGACUAAAAAUGUAAUGCUGGAGAGGAAUUUAUUCACCUAAAUGACUCUUCUUAAUGUUAAUUGGGAAGUAAGACAUUAAAAAAAAUGUCCUUUAUUCUAAUAAAGUAAUGAUGCACAGUCUAUCUAGAUUAAAUUAAAAAAUUAUACGCUACAUUUCAGAGUUCAAUUCUUACUACAAUGGACAUCAUCCAUGACGGUUUUGGGUUUAUGUUGGCUUUUGGAGACCUUGCCUGGGUGCCUUUCCUAUAUAGUCUGCAGCCACGUUUUCUUUUGGAAACCAAGUUUGUUCUUCCAUGGUACUGUCUAGCUCCAAUAGCUCUUCUAAACUGUGAGUAGCCUUUUUAAUUCAUCAAUAAGCUUAUGACGCAUGUUAUAAAUCAUUUUGAAAAAAUAAAUCUAAGAAGAUGAACGGCCAUCUUAUGUUCAAGAAUCACAUUAGGCGCAGGAAAUAUUUUGACGCAAAUAAUUACCCACAACUUAACGUAAAUGGCUCACUAUAAUGGUUGGUUAAAUAAUGUCAUAAAAAUUAUAACGUGAGGCUGGAUUGCAAUCUGGAAUAGAACCAAUGUAAUAACAUGUAAACAAUUAUGAAAGCUGCAGCAUGCAGAUGUAAACUGAUUGUAUAGUAAUGCUUACGAAAUAACUUUUGAUUUUUAAAAUACUUAUUUUUUUAUAUUUUAUUUUUCUUCUUUAUGCUCAAUCAUACAGUGGUUGGAUAUUCUAUCUUUCGCCUGUCCAAUUCCCAGAAGAAUAAGUUCCGAAAUGAUCCAAAGGAUCCAGUGUUUUCAGGUUGUUGUUUUUAACAUUUUAUUCAAACUUUUUAAGUUAAAAAAUUCAAUUAAUAUAUUAUUACUUUUUUUUUUAUUAGAAAGAAAGAAAAAUUAAAAAAUUAUAAAUUGAUUAAAACUACAAAAUUAAGUAAACUUAUUGUAUCUUAAUUUGUAUUCGUACUGUAUCAGGAAUGGAUGUGAUUCCAACGCAGUCUGGAAAGAAACUGUUAGUUUCAGGCUGGUGGGGAAUUUGCAGAAAGCCCAACUAUUUAGGUGAUCUUAUAAUGGCAUUUUCAUGGUCACUAACUACAGGUUAGUGGUGAUCUAUUUAUUUUUUGGCUCUGAUAUGUUGUUAAAAAACCUUAUUGUUUUAAGUCGCAGAAAGUUAUGAAGAGGAUUUCUAUUAGAAAAAAAAAAAAGAACCAAAACAAAAUUCUUAACAUUCUUAUCUCCAGUCGGCGUCAACCAAUUUUUAACCUUUACAUCCACACAUUGCUGAUUAGCAUCUAUAUAGCAACCAGAAAAUUUCAUGAAUGAUCUUCCUUUAGCUUCACAUGCAUUCUAAUAUUUUUACACCCUUCCCAGCUGGAUAAAUCACAACUUAAAUUAUUAUAUUAUUAUAAAUUAUAUAUGAAAUCAGCAAGUUUAAAGUCUUCAUUUUGUCAAAAAUGGACUUUGAUAAUAAUUUAGAUAAUAUAAUUGUUAAAAAUUUAACUGUUAUUUUAUGCUAGCUGUAGUAAUACAGAUUCCUAUAUUUAAGUUAAAUAAGUGAAAUAUAUGUCGUCUGUCUUGACAAAGUUAUUGAAUUGAAUGUACCGUCUCAUAACUUUAUUUUUCACUGGGGGUGGUCAUAAACAAAAAUAAUUCUGAAACAAAUUUGAUUAAAUCACUAAAUCUAGAACAAAAGCUUUAAAGGUCCCAAUUUAAUGUUAAAUCCAUACUUAAGGAGCCUUCCAUUAUUCCAUUUGCAAAACAAAAAUAUAAAAAAGCAACUGCCACACCUUUUGACUUAGUUUUGGUGCAUAGUUAAAAAAAGAAUAUUUUCUGAUCACUAUAACUAUAUUAUUUUCAGUAAAAAUUAAAUUUAUAAUGAUCUGUAUUACAUGUAGUUUUAAAAAAAAUGGCCAACUCCCCAUAUUCAUCUGUACACAAAUGAACUGGACCCACCCCUCCCCACUUAAAUAUUUCAAUUUGUGUAACAGGCUAGACAUAUAUCUAAAAUAAAUUGUAUUUAAAGCAUUACAAGACCAUAAAAAUUUUCAUACUUUUUAUUAUUAAAAUUUGUAUAGCAUGUGGAGAAUAUUUAGGAUUACACCCUUCGUCUAACAAAAUACAGAUUUGCUCAUCGCUUAACUUUUUUUGUACCAUUAAAUGUGUGUUCAAGAUUUCUGUACAUUUUUUACAUUAUUUUUCAGGACUUACUCACAUACUGCCCUAUUUUUACCCUCUUUACUUCCUGGUUUUGUUGGUCCACCGUGAACGCCGUGACAAUGAGCAGUGCAAGAAAAAGUAUGGUUCAAGUUGGGAUAGAUAUUGUGAAAGAGUUCCAUACAAGAUCUUCCCUUAUAUUUAUUAAAUGUAGUAUUCAUUAAUGAGUUUUUCAUUUAAACCUAAAUUGUUAUAAAUGAUGAGGUUAUUCAAAUUUUUAAAAUAAUCAAAAUGGAAAACAAAUCAGUUGCAACACCUUGUAUAAGUAAAUAACUGAAACAUUAUUGGAAAUAAUAAUAUAUUACAAAUUUUAAAAAGAACAUUAGUAAUUUUAAACUUAAAAUUGUUGUAAAUUUUUUUAAAUUACACAUGAUUAUCACACAAUACCUGUUUAAAGGCUGAAUUUUCAUUUUUGCUGGCUUUUCCUGGAAUGGAUGGUAUGAGACAUGAUUUAUAAUUACUACGGUACCUAACAUAUUUCCCACCCAUAGAUUUGUAGAUGUAUGAAGAAUUUUUCUCAAUGCUCUUCAUAUUUAAAAUUAGAAGAAAUUUUUUGUACGUUUUCAAAUCGGAUAAAAAUCUAUUUUAAAAUAACAUUUAACCUUCUGGUGUCAUUGUGGCUGAGGAUGUUAUAGAAUAUGUGUGUGGUGUUAUGACAGAUAAUAAACUGUUUAUUAAAGAAUUCAUAUUUCUGUUUAUGUUUGGCCUAAGGGUCCUUAUAAAUUGAUUUUACUUCUGCUCUAAGGCUAUUUUGAGUAGUAAUUCAUUCAUUCUAACAAUAAUAACCAUCCUCACAAUUAUAAAUGACCACAUUUGUAGCUUAGAUAAUAAUGCACUUCUUUUAACCAACUUAAUAAUUUUUUUAAAAAAUGUACUUAAGAAUUAUCAGAAAGUAGUUGAAAGAUUUUCUGACUUAUCAAUAUAAAAAUGAAUCUAAGCCAAUACUAUACAACUAAAGUUAACUUUAAAAUUAUUAGACAGAAAAUAAUUGAAUGAUUUUCUCAUGACAUUUCGCCACCACUUGACAUUGCUAAAAAUAUUGCAUAAUAUUUCUUUGUUACAUCACAUCCCAGUCAUGGCUAAAAGAAAUAUUUGAAGGUAUAUCUGAUGAUAUAUUUAUACACAUGUGAGUGGGGAAUUGUGUCUUAGUGUCUUCUCUUUUAAUCUUUGGCACAUUUGUGUUGAAUUGAUUCAGACAAGCUUCAGAUUUUCUCCACUAUCUUCUGUUAACUAUUUUUUUGGAGCCUGUCACAAAGGCUCUUGCUAUACAAAAGUCAAGUGCAUUUGACACCUGGGUAUUGUAAUUGUAAGCAAUCCAUGAUUUUUUCAGUGUAUUUUUUUUAAUAUCGCAUCAGGGUCAUUUAUAUUUAAAUUAAAAAUGAAUGUUACCUGUAAUUUAAAUAUUACAGCCUUUUGUUUUCUAUUUAGUUUACUUAUUUUGGGUGUGACAUUUGUAAAACUCAUCCUACCUAAAACAAUGACAAAUCAGAAAUUGUAUAUAAUGGCUACUUGAAGGCACAUUUAUGCUGCUACUACUAGUGCUUAAUGUUUAAUUGUGUAAUUUUUUUUCUUCAAAUAUGUGCUUAUGAUGAAUAAGAGUUGUGUAUUGUAGGCAAUUUAAUUGGCUGAAGUUAACAUAAAAAUUCACAUUCCUUUAGAAAAUUAUUUUUCAUGAAAUUUGUUUGAAGUUGCAGGCAAUAGUAUUACCAUUAAUAGGAUUUCGAAUUCUUGUUUUUUUUUAAUACUCUAUAUAUAAGGCCUGCACAACUCAAAAUGUAAGGCGGGCUGUAAUACUUUGUGAAAAAAUGGUGCGGGCCAAAAGAAAAUUGGACAAGGCUUGUGCGGGCCAUAAGAAAAUAAUAAUAAAAAAUAUUUAGUUACUUCGCGCUGUCAGGCCGCACGUGGCCCGCGGUUCGAAUGUUGUGCAGGUCAGCUAUAUAUAUAUAUAUAAAACCGCCCCCCUCCCCCUCUUUUUAGUAGCAGAGUAAUUUUUUCUGUUCAUGCACGUCAAGCACCAAUUUUGUCACCUGCAU